GCUGGCUUAGCUCAAUACAAUCGAUGCCUAGAGAUGAUAUCUACGCUAGAGAAGAAGGUUAGAGAGGCCGAAGAGAAUGCUCAAAUGUUUAGUGAUAAGGCUGCAAAAGCAGAAGAUGAUAUUAAAGCGUUGAGACAUGAACUUCUGAAGGUAAAUGUAGCGAAGGAUGGCUUGAGUCUUCGGUACCAUCAGUGUUUGGAAACUAUAUCUAAGCUAGAGAGAGAAGUUUCUCAUGCUCAAGACAAUGCCAAAAGACUGAGUAGUGAAGUUCUGGCUGGAGCUGCAAAAUUGAAGACUGUAGAGGACCAGUGUAUUCUUUUGGAAAGCUCAAAUGAAAAUUUGAAGCUAGAAGCAGAUGGUUUAACACACAAAUUAGCAGCUAAGGAUCAAGAGAUUGUUCAGAAGCAAAACGAGCUUGAGAAGUUUCAGUCUUUAAUCAAAGAUGAGCAUUCUCGAUUUUUAGAAAUCGAAGCCAGCCUUAAGAGUUUGCAUAGUGUGUAUUCUCAGUCCCAAGAGGAACAAAAGGUUCUUACUUCAGAACUUCAAAGCAGGAUUGGCAUGUUG